AAGUCCCGGUGGACGGAGUGGACUCUGACAAACACCAGCCGACUACCGGAGAGGACCCGCGGCAGCGCAACGGGGACACUUCUCCUAAAUCGUGCGCGCUAAUCGGACGCUGCGGGUGAAAUAGCAUCUGCAGAGGUUUUCAAAUUCGACUCGAUAUCAAGGAGGAGAGAGGGGAUUUAAGUCAGAGGAAACACAACAGUGCAUUAUUCCGCUGGACACGGUGAAGAUCUGGUAAAGAACACACGCCUUAGACCAUCCUCUCCCUGGAUACACGUUUGCUCCAAAGCGCGGAAACAUAGAAGCCACCACGAUGGAUGUGGCGGCUGAUCAGCCCCGCUGGAUGCAUCACCACGCAAUGCUGAAUGGACAACACCCGGACUCUCAUCACCACGGCCUGGGACACAACUACAUGGAGCCCACGGCGCAGCUCCUGCCUCCGGAUGAGGUGGAUGUUUUCUUUAAUCACCUGGACUCACAAGGAAACCCUUACUACCACAACUCUGCGAGGGCCAGAGUGUCCUACAGCCAAGCGCACGCUCGUCUGACGGGGACUCAUCUCAUCCACAGCCCGGGACUUUCCUGGCUGGACGGGGGGAAAGCCGCCCUGUCGGCCCACCACCACCACCACAACGCCUGGUCCGUCAGCCCCUUCAGCAAGCCCAGCCUCCACCACGCCGGCUCCGCGUCCCCCGGCGGCCUCUCCGCCGUGUACCCGUGCAGCAGCGGCACCAACGCGGUCUCCGCGUCCUCGUUAACGCCGUCGUCCCACUCCAGCCCGCAUCUGUACGCUUUCCCCCCGACGCCCCCAAAGGACGUAUCACCGGACCCGGGGGCCGCGUCCCCCUCCGCCUCCAGAAUGGACGAGAAGGAAUCUAUCAAAUACCACGUGUCGUUAUCGGAGGGCAUGAAGCUGGAGGACUGCGGUCCGCUGAGGAGCAGUCUGGCCUCCAUGAGCGCUCAGACGCCCUCCACGCAUCACCCCAUACCGACGUAUCCAACCUACUCCCUCCCAGCGGGCCACGAGUACGGCGGCAGUCUGUUCCACCCGGGCAGCCUGCUGGGCGCGUCGUCCAGCUUCAGCUCGAGGAACAAAGGCAAGACACGGUCGUGCAUCGAGGGCCGUGAGUGUGUGAACUGCGGAGCCACAUCUACACCUCUGUGGAGACGCGACAGCACGGGACACUACCUGUGCAACGCCUGUGGUCUGUACCACAAGAUGAACGGCCAGAACAGACCGCUCAUCAAACCCAAACGCAGGCUGUCUGCAGCCAGACGAGCGGGCACCUGUUGUGCUAACUGUCAGACGACAACCACCACGCUCUGGCGGCGCAAUGCAAACGGAGACCCAGUGUGCAAUGCCUGCGGCCUCUACUACAAACUGCAUAACGUGAACCGGCCUCUGACCAUGAAAAAAGAAGGAAUACAGACACGCAACCGAAAAAUGUCCAACAAAUCCAAGAAGAACAGGCGGAGCUGCGACAGCUACGAGGAGUUUUCCAAGAGCUUGCACGAGAAGAGCUCUCCUUUCGGCUCUCUGGCCGGACACAUGUCCAUGGGCCACCUGCCGCCUUUCGGCCACACUGGACACAUGCUUCCUACGCCCACCCCCAUUCACCCCUCCUUUGGGCACCCGCACCACUCCAACAUGGUGACGGCUAUGGGCUGAGAUAGCGAGGAGGGGGCUUAACGUAACGCUGGGGGAACCUGAGAGGGUUGUGUGAAUGAGAGGAUGAGGGUCUCACGAGAGGACACUGUGUCACUUCGUCUUGAUUGUCUCUUGAUUGAUUAUGUCAGUUGUAUGCUGGAGAACAGAUGUAUCACAGGAGGAAAUGGUCUUUGUACUACUCAUAUAUAGGUACAUAUUUUGAUGGAGGAAGUCAGAGGGGAACGUUGUGCCCGUCGUCGAGCAGGCACCCGCAUGUAAACACAAAAAAAUGUCAUUGCACCUCGUAGUUUUGUCCCCACUGACUGCAGUGUUGCUCAGUAUGCCGUGCAGAACAGGUUUAUAGUAACUGUGAAUAUUGUAAAGUGUGUGAGAUGGAGAUCACCUGCGCAACAUUAAAUGAAAAUAUGCUGGAUUCUUUUGCUUAUGGACAAUUUUAGAGGAGUUUUCACAAAAGAAAGAAACCAAACAAAAAAGGUUUAUGUAUACAAAUUUGACACUGUUUAUUAUAAUUAUUGUUAUUAUAAUUAUUAUUGCUAUUCAGAUAAUUUAUUUUCACUGGCUUUUUAUUUUACUAUAUCACCUGAAUCAUAAAAUGGAUACUGUUAUCCCCUUUAUGAAUAUAUUUUUAGCUGAAGCACUAUCUUUGAGCUGGUCAACGUUUAUACUCGUAAGAAAUAAAGAGAUCAAGUUCA